GCUUCUCUCUGUAUCUAUCUUCGCCGCAUUUUUGCGUCUUUCUCUUUCAACAUUCGUGAUUUUCUCUCUCAACACCUACCCUUUCCUCUCCUUGCAGCGCAUUGAUAGUUGUAGAUAAUUAGCUGAAGGCAAAGAAAGCAAGCUAGAGGCGAAGCGAUCGAGAAUGGCUCUGAAACUGAACUGGGCGGCUGCAAAUGUGGAAUCCACCAUUAAAACGAAAAUGCGUGCUUCUCCUUCAUUUACUAGUCUCAGAUCUUACAGAGUUUCUAUGGCUUCCACUCUCCAUCCUCCCACCAACACUUCUCUGGAAACUGAGAACUUCAAGAAGCCUUUCAGUCCUCCAAGAGAGGUACAUGUUCAAGUUAAACACUCAAUGUCACCGGAAAAGAGGGAAAUUUUUGAUUCCUUGCAGAACUGGGCUGAACAAAAUCUCUUGGUCCAUUUGAAGCCUGUUGAGAAAUGCUGGCAGCCAAGUGAUUUUCUGCCAGAUCCUUCCUCAGAAGGAUUUGAUGAACAGGUGAAAGAUCUGAGGGAAAGGUGCAAGGAAUUGCCUGAUGACUACUUUGUUGUAUUGGUCGGAGAUAUGAUCACAGAGGAAGCCCUUCCAACUUACCAGACUAUGCUAAACACCCUUGAUGGUGUUCGUGAUGAAACAGGUGCCAGUCUUACCCCUUGGGCUAUUUGGACAAGGGCAUGGACAGCAGAAGAAAAUAGGCAUGGUGACCUUCUUAACAAGUACCUUUAUCUUUCUGGACGAGUUGACAUGAAGCAAAUUGAAAAAACAAUUCAGUACCUGAUUGGUUCUGGGAUGGAUCCUCGCACAGAAAACAACCCGUACCUGGGUUUCAUCUACACUUCGUUCCAGGAGAGGGCAACUUUCAUUUCCCAUGGCAACACAGCUAGGCAUGCAAAGGAGCAUGGUGAUCUGAAACUAGCUCAGAUAUGUGGCAUAAUUGCAUCAGAUGAGAAGCGCCAUGAAACUGCUUACACCAAGAUUGUGGAGAAGCUAUUUGAAGUUGAUCCAAAUGGCACAGUCUUGGCUCUUGCUGACAUGAUGAGGAAAAAAAUCUCCAUGCCAGCUCACCUCAUGUACGAUGGCAGGGACGAUAAUCUUUUUGAACAUUUCUCUGCCGUGGCUCAGCGACUUGGAGUAUAUACAGCUAAGGACUAUGCAGAUAUACUGGAAUUUUUGGUCGGUAGGUGGGAGGUGGAAAAAAUGACUGGUCUUUCCGGUGAGGGGUGUAAAGCACAAGAUUAUGUGUGUGGACUGGCUCCACGGAUUAGGAGAUUGGAAGAGAGAGCACAAGCAAGGGCCAAGCAGCGAAAUGAUGUUCCUUUUAGCUGGGUUUUCGGCAGAGAAAUUAAACUUUGAGUGCAAGCAACUAUUUAAAGACAAAAUCACUUACUCAGUAGCAAACCAUCAGGAUCACAAAAAACAACAGGUUAUGGCUUCAACUUAUUAUCAUAUCUCUCAUCCCUUCAUCAUUAGAUGCAAUGAAGUCGAAACAACUCCUAUAGAAUCUUUGUUAUUUUUAGUUCAAUUGUUAAAGCUCCAUAGAAUAAAGACGGUUUGUGUGAGUCUAAAUAUUUUGUAUAACAUUUCAAUCUCAGCUACUAUGCCUGUGUAUGUGGUUGAUGUUCUGGUGUAAUUCAGAAAUCUGUAUCCCCUUGGCAGUAGAAUGCCCCAAUGAAACACCAUGAUUUUGCAGUC